GGAGUAUUGUAAUUUGUUUUUCUUAUUUCUAUUUGGAAUAACUUGUCUGUGUUAAAUUUAUUCAGUAAAAAGUGUUUUUCUUAUGGCUUAUAAUCGGAGUGAACAUUGGAUAGGACGUGUUUUUUUGUACAAGUUAUAAACUUAAGUUGUCGUGAAUACGAUAAGUGUAGAAAAUAUAUGUUAUUGUGACGUAAUAUUAAAAAAAAGGAUUUAUUGGGCAACUUACAAUGGCAGAAACUAGUGAGCCUAAGGCAAGUGCAUCAGCGCCUGGAGGUGAUGCUGGUGGUGAAGAGGAAAAACGCGACGAGCGUAUGCUGGAAUGCAACAUCUGCCUAGACACGGCCCGAGAUGCCGUGGUUAGCAUGUGCGGACAUCUUUUCUGCUGGCCAUGUCUGCACCAGUGGUUAGAAACCCGACCCAGUCGGCAAGUGUGUCCAGUUUGCAAAGCAGCUAUAAGCAGAGAGAAGGUCAUUCCACUUUAUGGCAGAGGAAAUACAAAACAAGAAGACCCUAGAAAUAAGGUUCCUCCUCGGCCGGCGGGGCAGCGCACGGAGCCUGAGAGCAAUAGCGGCUUCCCCGGCUUCGGUUUCGGCGAGGGUUUCCACAUGUCCUUCGGGAUCGGCGCAUUCCCCUUCGGUGUCUUCACGUCGACCUUCAACUUCGGCGACCCUCGGCCUAGUGCUGCUCCGCGCGGCACAGCGCAGUACGAAGAAGAGCAGUUCCUGUCGAAGAUCUUCCUGUGGGUCGCGAUCCUGUUCGUGCUGUGGCUCAUCUUCGCAUGACCACGCCCGCGGCACCGCCCCCCGCGCCGCUCGCCCCGCGCCC